AUAUUAACACUGACCUUUCCGCUUCCCCCUCAGCCACCCUGGUGACACCGGCAGGAAGUGACAUCAUCGACCUGAAGGUCACGAUGACGCUGGGAGCCUUUAAUGUGCUGGUGUGCGACCAGAGCUGCGACAUGGCCCACAUUAAGAUCCAAGGUCUGAAUGGCUCUCUGCUGAUGCAGGGACCCCAGACUCAUAUCUCCGCCAGGCUGAAGGACUUCAUCGUCCUCAACGUGGACCCAAACAGCUUCCACAAGAAGGCGAUCUCCAUCGUGGGGGACGAGGUCUUCAGCUUCUCUCUGAGCUUGACUCCAAACGCCACGGAGGGUCCGAGAUACGCCGACACCUCGAAGACAGAUGGCCGACUGAAACUGAGCGUGGGCUGCAUUCAGAUGGUCUACCUGCACAAGUUCAUCAUGUCCCUGCUGAACUUCUCCAACAACUUCCAGACAGCUAAAGCGGCUCUGAGCGCCGCCACGGCUCAAGCGGCGGCUCAGGCGGCACUCAGCGUGAAGGAUUUUGCCCAGAAGAGUUUCCGUCUGUCCAUGGACAUCAAGCUGAAGGCGCCGCUCAUCAUCGUGCCCCAGAACUCCAGCUCCCAGCAUGCACUGGUGAUGGACCUGGGUCUGAUCACGGUGGGGAACAGCUUCUCGCUAAUGCCCGCCGACGGCUGCCCGCUGCCCGCCGUGCUGGAGGAGAUGGAGGUCCAGCUGACGCAGCUCAAACUGUCCCGGACCGGUUUGGACCCAGACUCGGACCCGGCGGCGGGGGGGAGGCCUGACAUCGAGCUGCUGGAGCCGGUGAACCUGCAGCUGAUGGUCCGGAGGAACCUGUCGGCGACCUGGUACAAAAAGAUGGUGGCAGUGGAGGUGGAUGGAGACCUAAAGCCCAUGAAGGUGGAGCUGAGUCAGGAGGACCUGAAGGUUCUACUGAGGAUCCUGACGGAGAACCUGGGAGAGGCCGGUGGUCCGGAGAACACCGACCCUCGACCGGAGGCAGUCGGGCAGCUGGGAGCAGGGCCCCCCGCAGCUGAGCCAGUGGCUGAGAAUGGUGGGGAAGACCAGGAGGAUCUGGAGAACCUCAGGUUCAACCUGAACAUCGAGUCUCUGGGUCUGGUCCUGUAUAGAAACGACCCAAAACAGCCUCUGGCCCUGCAGCACCAGCAGGAGCUCCGGCUGGGCGAGCUGGCCCUGCACCAGCUGCGGGUCUCGGGGAGGAUCCGGAGCAGCGACGGCCUGGAGGUGAUGGCGGUGUUGAGCGGCUGCACCCUGGACGACCUGAGGACCGGCAUGGAGAGAGCAUCAUCACGGAUGGUGGGCCGCAGAGACGAGGACAGCGCUGAGGCCAUGAUCGAUGUGACGUACCGGCAGAGCGCCGCAGAGCGGGAGGUGGUGUUCAUCCUGCAGAGACUCUACCUGUGUGCCAGCGUUGAGUUUCUGAUGGCCGUCGCUGACUUCUUCCUGCAGGCGCUUCCUCAGACACCAAACACUGCAACCAGCGACAGAUUACCCCUCAGACAGACCGCCAAGCCUCGAGCCGACACCAACACAGCCUCUCCGGUCAGGACUCGUCUUCGGGCGGUGGUUCUGGACCCGGAGGUGGUGUUUGUUGCCAGCCUGAUGAAGGCCGACACCCCCGCCCUCGUGGCGUCGUUCCAGUGCGACUUCAGUAUGCAGCUGGAGGAGGACGGACGGCAAGACAUGAGGGCCAAUCUGAGGGAGCUCAAAGUGCUGGCCUGCCCCUUCAUCAGGGACCAGGAGGACGCCGCCGUCACCACUGUAUUGAGACCCUGCUCGGUCGCCUUGGAGACCAAAACAGUGCCCAACCAACCGCUGAGCGGUUGUGUGACGGUGGAGGAAGUCGUCCUGAAGAUCUCCCCGUUCAUCCUGAACACGGUGAUGACGAUCACGGCGGCCAUGACAACGCGCCGGCAUGUUGAUGAUGACGGCUCGGCGCCGCAGGAGGUCGGGGACCUUUGGUCGGUCCGGAACAUCUACGGCUGUAACUUCUGGUUCCUGGGAGUGGACUCGGCCAGCGAGGCCACGGAGAGCCUCAGGGAUCUGGACCAGGGCCGGCAGGGAGAGAGCUUCAGCGCCGAGGUCAAGGUGAGCUCUGAUUCUGAAGACCAACAAAGAGUAGUUUCCUGUUGACACAGAGUCGUCUUCAGCUCUGUUUCUGAAGACCAACAAAGAGUAGU